AAAAAAAAACUCUCAUUCGAUCCAGCUGUCAUACUUUUAAAUCCGAAUCGAAUCCCCUUUCAUCAGCGCGAGUGUCGUAUCUAGAAUAACACCGAAACCCAGCCGAACCUAGACGAGGAAUAAUGGCAUCCGCUGUUUCGAAGACUCCGAUGCUUCGUGCCGCUGCGGCUCGUGGAUUCGCAGCUCAGGCACAGGCUGCUGCCUGCAGCCGUGGUGCGGCUGAUGUCCAGUGCACCAACCUGCCGAACAAGUUGACGGUCGCUUCGGCCGAAUCCGGUGCUGCCGUAGCUCGGGUUUCUAUUGUUUAUCGUGCCGGAUCCCGUUGCGAAGCCGCCGAUAAUUUGGGUGCCUCGCAUGUCCUGCGAGCAGCUGCUGGUCUGUCGACGAAGACCGCCACUAAUUUCGGUAUUACUCGCAACCUGCAGCAGGUUGGUGCUUCGUUGACCGCCGUCUCGGACCGUGAGCUCAUUACGUAUACCGUCGCCGUUACCAAGGAUGAGUUGGAAACCGGAUUGAAGUACUUGGAGGCCGCUGCCACUGGUCAGGUCUUCAAGCCUUGGGAGUUGGCCGAUUUGACCGCAAUGGUCAAGGCCGACAUCGCCCGAGUUCCAGUUGAAGUGGAAGCAGUUGAGUCCUUGCACAAGGCCGCUUUCCACAGCGGCAUCGGUAAUUCGCUCUUCUGUCCAAGCUACAACGCUGGAAAGCACUCGUCGGAAACCAUGCAGCACUUCGUGGCCACCAACUGCACCACUAACCGUGCUGCCGUUGCUGGAGUUGGUGUCGAUCAUCAGUUGUUGGUUGGAUUUGCUCAGAGCCUGAACCUGGAAUCGGGUGGCAGCGGUGAUAGCAAAACUGAUAGCUUCAACAGCAGCGAAGUUCGUCAUGAGCGCGGAGGAAACCGGGCUGCCGUGGCUGUUGCCACUCAGGGCGCUGGUUGGGGCAAUCUGAAGGAAUGCAUUGCCCACAUCGUCUUGCAGGCUGCUUGCGGAUCAGGCCCGGUCACUAAGCGUGGUGCCAACAAUGGUGUCUUGACCAAACAAAUCGGAAACAGCGUUGCGUGCAGUGCCAUCUGCCCAACCUACAGCGAUAAUGGUCUGUUCGGGUUCGUCGUAGUCGGUGAUGCCAACGAGGUCGGCAAAGCUGUCGAAGCCGGAGUCAAGGGUCUGAGGUCGUUGAAUGUGACCGAUGCCGAUGUUGCCCGUGGCAAAGCAGUAGCCUUCGCUUGGAUUGCCGAGCAUUUGGAAAAUCACUGCACGUUGGCGUUCGAUUUGGGCGAACAGGCUGCCCUGUUGGGAAAGAUCCACAAGAAGGAAGAAAUCCUUGGCGCUCUUGAUAGCGUUUCGGUCAGCGAUGUACAGGCGGCCGCACGAAAAGUCGCUUCCGGAAAGCUGGCCGUUGGUGCUGUGGGUAACUUGAGCAGUGUUCCGUACCUUUGCAACCUGCACUAAAUCGGGAAAGCGCAUGGCAAGCGUAAAGGCUUCUGUAGCUUGUAAAAUUGAUUCUUUAUAAAUUAACAAAAA